AUGGUUUCAGUAAAGGCUUUAUCUGUUGACAAUGAUUAUGGAAAUAAUGGUACACGUUCCAUAUCGAAUAAUCGUUUAUUUUUAUCAUUAAUAAUUGGAUUCAUAAUAGUUAAUAGUGUACCAGAAAAACAUCAAGAUCAACAUCAUAAUAAUCAUAAUAAUCGUCCUCAUACCCGUAAAAUAUUUAAAGAAGUGAAAGUUUUAUGUUGGAUAUUAACAAGUCCCGAUAAUCAUAUAAAACGUGCUCAACAUGUUAAGAAAACAUGGGGUAAAAGAUGUAAUAAAUUAAUUUUUGUUAGUUCUCAGGACGAUACAAGAAUUGAUGCAAUUGGUUUUAAUGUAACUGAAGGACGUGAUUUUUUAUGGGAUAAAACGAGAGCUGCAUUUAAUCAUAUUUAUGAAAAUUAUCUAGAUGAAUAUGAUUGGUUUCUUAAAGCUGAUGAUGAUACGUAUGUUAUAAUGGAAAAUUUGAGGUAUUUGCUUGCUUCACAUGAUCCCAACAUACCAAUAUAUUUUGGAAGUAAAUUUCAGCUACCAGGUGCGACUUACAUGUCUGGUGGAGCCGGUUAUGUACUUAGUAAAGAAGCUCUUAAACGUUUAGUAGAAGUUGCUUUCGAAAAUGAUCAAAUAUGUCGUAUAGAUGGUUUAAAUGAAGAUUUUGAAAUGGGAUUAUGUUUACAUAGUGUUGGUGUUAUAGCCGGUGAUACACGUGAUAGUAAAGGAAGAUCACGUUUUCAUCCAUUAGGAAUAAGUGUUUUAAGACCGAAUGCUUUCAAAAAUAAUGCAACAUGGUUAUGGAAAUAUCAAUAUUAUGUAUUUAAUUUCGGUUUAAAACAUAUUUCCGAUCGGGCGAUCUCAUUUCAUUAUGUGAAUUCAAAUCAAAUGUAUUUAUGUGAAUAUUUAAUAUAUCGUUUAAGACCAUAUGGAAUUACAUCUAAUGAAGUACAAAAAAAAGUUGGUUUUAUUGAACCAAAUAGCUAUAAACCAUGA